AUGGCAUUUGACGUUAGGAAGUCAUGGCUAAAGAAGAAAGUUCUCGACCUGCUCGGAGCUCAACCUUCCCAAUGGGAUACCCUCCUUAGCCGGAAUGAGCAAGCUGCUGACAAGCAGGUCAUGACCUUCUUGAACAGCAGCUCCCAAGGAGAGUCACUGCUUUUCUACCUCCGACCGCACGCCGAGAUUGGACAAAAUGGCAGAAAUCCUCUUCCUGUUCAUGAGGAUUGCCAUUCGAGUGAAGAACUCGCCGUCGCUGUCAACUUCUUACCUCGUGGUGACACGGUACGACUUGUGGCUUACGCGGUUAAGACCCAGACUGGCAUGAUCGACGUGACUGGAAAGGCGAUCAGCCAGGAAAUGAAUCGAUGCGUCGCAGUUGGUACGGCGGACGAACGUUUCAUCUACGAUCUGCGCUCUCUGAUGGAGGACUUGUACCUGCCAUUGCUAAAGGAUCCGGACGUUCCUGGCGACUGCAAGGGGGACGAGUCUCUACCGGAGCAAUCCAGUUUCGAUGCAUCUCCACCCGCUAACGACCAGCCUUCAGAACCUGCUGACAAGCGAUCAUUCGUCAAAGCUGACAGACGGCGAAGCUCGCAUGGCUCUGCGUCCGAGGAAAACCUGAGUGACCGCAGAGAUCUAGUGACCGAUGACGGCACGGCGUCAGAAGAAGAGACCGAUGGAGGCACUACACCAAAGGCACGUGGCUCUAUUUACAGGCAGCCUGUGACUCCUAACUUGUCGGGGGAGAAGACUUUACCGAACGCUCCUCGACACCAGGUUGCUACCACACGCGCUAUCGACCUGUCGGAGACAUGCCGACAUGAGCUGGCCACCGCCGCCGAGAAACUUACAGCAAGAAUCAGACUGGCAAUCAAUGAGGUGUGCGAAGCGGUUCCUCUUUGUGUGCCGUCUGAGGACCUCGACGGCAUGGCUGACUCGAGAGACGCGCAUCUCAUAACUGCCGUCGAAGCAACCAUCGAGAACUGGACCCAGCUGACAGUCCACAGGACACAGCGAGUUAUUAAAUGGUUGAAAAAUGCCAGUCCUGAAUCAAAGAGCUUGGAGGCCUUCUACAGUCGGUUUGAAGAGCUUCAGAAACUGUAUCUGGAGGCAAAGGACACCGUCCGGUUCUUGUCGACACUGGAAAGGCACUUCAAGAGCCUAGCCACAGGCUCUCUCAAAGUCGUUGCUGAGACGAUUGGUCCCUUGCUGAGUGCCAUCCGGAUGGUUUGGAUUACCUCGCGCCACUACAACACGGAUGAAAAGAUGCAGCCGCUCAUGAUUCGCGUUGCUGAGCAGAUUGCAGACCGAGUCGCGGAUGCAGUCAAACCCAGCACGAUCUUGCUUGGUGACGUGUCGAGAGCGGGACCACUGGUCAGAGAGGCGAAGAUCUGCCUGGACAAGUGGCAAGAAUUGUAUAUGGAUGUUCGCAAGAAAAUCGAGGAGUCCGAGUGCGAUAGGAGGUGGGAGUUUGAUCGCCGGAAACUGUUCAGUCGAACAGAAUACAUGUCAAAAGUGUGCACACAUCUACGCGAGGUGGUGGACGUUAUCACCCAGUUUCAGCGGUUCUUGGGUCCGGAGCUGAAAACUGUCACGCGGUACCACAAAGGCAUCGAUCGCCUGAAUCGGGACAUCCAGGCCUUGGCUAGAAGUUUCGACGUCCUCGGCGACACCGGCUUCGACGAGAGCAGCGCAGCUGCCUGGGAGAAGCUUCUAGCCAAUUUCAGGCAGCAGAUCACGGAGGUGGAAGCGAAAUCUCUGCAUUUUCUUGACACAAGAUUCAAAAACCUUCGGUCCGCUGUGGGGGCCUUCACGAUGCUCAAAAACUUUAGCACGAUUGAAAGCCGCCCAGUCAUAAACGCGAAACUCCGCGAAAAGUUCGUCGAUAUUCUAAAACAGUUUGGAAAUGAGGUGGACGCUGUGCGAGAGGAAUUUGAAGCCGGCAAAGAGAAUCCUCCCCUCGCAAAAGGAUACCCCAGGGUAGCGGGCUCCAUCGCUUGGGCACGAACGUCUUUGCAGCGGCUGAAAGAGUCUGUGCUGCAGUUCAAGUGCAUGCCCGCUUUCUUUCAAGGCAACGACGCCGAGGCGGUCUUCACAAACUACCUCAAUCUCGCUCGUCAGCUGGUUGCGUACCAGGAGGCCGUCUUCAAAAAGUGGCAGGUUCGGACAAGCAACGCCGUGGCGCAUUGCUUGAAAAUGAACAUCUUGAGAAAGAAUGCAGACGGCAAGUAUGAGGUCAACUUCGCUCCCGAGCUGUGGGUGGUCAUGCAAGAGGCCCGCUUUCUCAACCAGAUGGGCGGGAACGACAUUCCGCACACAAUUCUCAAUGUCGCUCUGCAAAAGGAAAAAUACAUCGAAAACUGCGGGCUGCUCGACCAGAUGCUCCAGCACCUCGCCUCCGCCCGCGAGGGCAUGCCACCCUUUCAGGAGAGGCUGCUAAUAAACCAUCUGGAAAAAUUGGAUAAGUGGCUCCAGCCCGGUUUAAACUCGCUGAACUGGACCUCCCUAGGCUCGGAGGAGUUCAUCAGCAACUGCAACAAAGCCGUAACGGCUUUUCGGACGCUCCGAGAUCAGGUGGAAAAGAACGCCGAGAUCAUAGGCGAAGUUGUGCAAGCAAUUGAGGAUGCGCAGUUGGUCAGAAACCUCGAGUGGAACCCCGAGGAGCCGUUCAAUAUUCAGGAAUUCUACGAGUACUUUGAGAAACACCGAGCAGCGGUCGUCGACGACCUCCAAACAAAGUACGAGUCGAUUACCUCGUACAUCAUCAAAAUCGAAGAGAUCAUUGAGGGGACGAUGACCGGGACCAGCGAGGCGAUGGCUGAGUACUACAACUACUGGGAAAGACGAAUCUUCAAUGCCAUCUCGACGAUGCUCAUUCGAGACGUCAACGUAUUUGUUUUCCUCCCAGGGACAAGUGCCCUACGCGCCCUCUUCUCUCUCAAUCCAACUGGGAGCCGCCUGCCGCCUCUCAUCACGGUGAGCGCGGACUUCAAUCAAGCGGAGGUGGUGGUGCACGGCUCAACGCAAGCUAUCUUCAAAAUCAUUUCGCGUCUGAUGCAAAAUAUUCUCUACUCCGCCACCCGCUUUGUUCGGUGGAUGAACGGCACCUGCAAAUGUGUCCCUUCUCAACUGGGGCAAGAAGAGGAGUCCCAAGCUCCGCCUUUUACAUUCUACUCGGAGAUUUCCAGAGUGCCUGCGCUGAUCGACAUGACUGUCGCCACCCACCAAGCCAUCCAGAAGGUGUUUCAGAACAUCUCAAAGUAUGUCCGGAGCUGGAAGAAAUACGACACACAAUGGGGGCUGUGGGACCUCAAGAGGAAAGCCGACCUGGAGAAGCUCGUGGACAAGAGACCAAGGAUUGUUUACUUCGAUGUACACAUCUCAGCCUACAAAAAGCUCGCAGCCGAGUUGAGCGCUCUCCCGACUACGAAGGUUGUCGGCUUCCUCCAGAUCGACGCCUCCGUCGUUGUGAGGGGGUUUCGGGCGCAGGCGCUCGAGUGGGUGAAUGAGUACGGCCGCGUUCUGAAUCAGAUUGCAACCAGGGAACUGCAGCAGUUGACCCAGCUGGUCGACACGAGUCUAGCUAACCUCGAACAGAACCCCGACUCGAUGGAAGCCUUCAAGUUCCUCUUGAGCGAGAUCAGCACGGUGAAAAGCAUCUCCAUGGACACCGAAAUCCGCAUCGCCGACGUCCAGGCCAUGUGCCGGACGCUCCACGUGCACGACUGCUACAUCGAAGAGGCACAGAUGAAGCAGCAGGCCGAGCUGGCGACUGCGUGGCAGAGAGUGAAGACUCUCGCGCUGGCGAAGGAGAAGCAGCUGGAGCGGAAAAAAGAAGUUUUCGCGCAGGAAAAGAAGGCCGAGGUCCUCGCCUUCGCCGCAGAAUGCAAGGCUUUCCUCACGCGAUUCAAACAAGCGGGUCCGGGGGCGGCGGCCGUGGAGCUCGAUGAGGGAGUCGCCCUUCUGGCCUCGUACAGCGAGGAACUUUCGAGGUUCCAGGCGCAGCGCGACGCCCUCUCGAAAGCCGAAGUUUUGUUUUCCUUGCCCCUCACCACGUUUCCCGAGUUGGACCAAAUUCGCAGUUCAGUGCAGCUCCUGCAAGUCGUCUAUCACCUCUACGUCGAACAUACGAAUGCAGUCCUGGAGUGGUCUAACGUACCCUGGGCGACCUUCGACGUGCAGGAACUGCAACGCGGCACCGACGAAUUCACCAAAAGACUGCGAAGACUUCCGAAGGAUUACCCCGCUCUCGCAGAACUUCCUACGUAUCAGAAACUGACUCAAGCGAUCGCGCGCUUUCGAAACUCCGUGCCUUUGAUUGAGAGGCUGAAGACCGACGCCAUGAGGCCGCAGCAUUGGCGGCAGUUAAUGGCACUGGCAGGGUGCGAAUUCGAGGUCGACAGCAAAAAGUUCAAACUGCAAAAUGUCUUCGACCUGGACCUCUCCAGGUUCCCGGACCAGGUUCAAAAUACGCUGCAGAUUGCUCAGGAAGAAAUGAAGCUGGAGAAAGACAUCGCCAAGAUUGAGAGUUGCUGGCGGUCCCAGACACUCGACAUGUGCCGCUACAAAACCGAAGAACAGAGCUUCGUGCUCCGGGCGAAUGAAGAGUUGCGCGUGACUCUCGAAGACCACAUUCUCCAGCUACAGUCGAUGGUGGGAUCUCGAUUCGCUUCCGUCGUGAUUGAAAAAAUCAAAAAGUGGGAGAAGACGCUCAACACGAUCCGAGAAGUCUUCGAAGCGUGGCUGCAGGUGCAACGGAAGUGGAUCUACUUGGACGGCAUCUUCACUGAAUCCGUCGAUAUUCGGCUUCAACUGCCCGACGAGGCGAAAAAAUUCGAUGUCGUGCGUCGGCAGUUCCUCUCCAUUUUGUCGCAAACUGCGCAAAAUCCAAGUGUCUUGUCCGCCUGCUGUGCGGAGAACCGUCUGCAAGACCUGAAGGCUCUCUCAGCGGAGCUAGACCGGAGUCAGAGAUCUCUCUCAGACUACCUUGAUGCCAAACGCAUGACCUUCGCUCGAUUCUGCUUCAUUUCCGACGACGAACUUCUCUCGGUGCUCGGCUCGAGCAGCCCCCUGGCCAUCCAGCCCCUGAUGCUGAAACUUUUCGACAACUGCAAAGAACUGAUUCUCGAGGCUGACACUCAGGCAAGGAAAGCGCUUCCAAACCGAACGGCUCGAGGAGAGGAGACGCGGCCAGGCGGGGGGACGCGAGAGCCCACUCGAGUCGCCGGCAUGGUUUCCGAAGAAGGCGAGUCCUUCAGAUUCCACGAGGUAGUUACGGCAGAAGGCCCCGCCGAGGAGUGGGUGAAAAAUGUUGACGAGGCCAUGAAGCGAACUCUCCACCGGACCACGAAAGCCGGAGUGUACCACUACGCGUACAAGACCAGGACGCAGUGGGUGCUCGAACAGCUCGGCAUGGUCACCUGCGUGGGGUCUCAAAUUUGGUGGACGUGGCGCGUCGAAGACGCGUUUCGGCGCGUUGGCCGUGGCAGCAAGCAUGCGCUGAAGGAAGAAGCUGAAAAGCAGACGCAACAGCUGACCGACCUCAUCGAGUUGGUGCGACAGCCCCUCGAUCCGCGCGCGCGCAGAAAGGUCAACACACUCAUCAUUCUGGAUGUCCACGCCCGAGAUUUGGUUGACAGGUUCGUGCGCGACGCGAUUUUCAACACGCGGGAGUUUGAGUGGGAAAGCCAGCUGCGUUUUUACUGGGAGAAGGAGGCCGACGACAUUGCCGUCCGGCAGUGCGCCGGCGAAUUUGGGUACUCGUACGAAUACGAAGGUCUAAACGGCCGCCUGGUCAUCACCCCGCUCACCGACCGCUGUGUCAUGACACUCACCACCGCGCUGAGUUUCUACCUCGGCGGCGCGCCUGCGGGGCCUGCCGGAACUGGAAAAACAGAAACUGUCAAGGAUCUGGCAAAGUCCCUCGCAAUCCGCUGCGUGGUCCAGAACUGCGGAGACGGCCUCGACUAUAAGGCGAUGGGAACCAUCUUCUCAGGGUUGGUGCAGACUGGUUUCUGGGGCUGCUUUGACGAGUUCAACAGAAUCAACCCCGAAGUGCUCUCGGUUGUGACGGAGCAAAUCCGGACGAUCCAAAUGGGCCUGCAGCAGGAGCGAACUUCGAUCGAGUUGCUCGGGAAGAGUCUCACGCUCGUCCCCACAAUUGGCAUCUUUGUGACGAUGAAUCCAGGCUACGCGGGGAGGUCGGAGCUGCCGGACAACUUGAAGGCUCUGUUCCGGCCUGCCACGAUGAUCGUUCCAGACCUGGUCAUGAUCUGCGAGAACAUGCUCAUUUCCGAGGGGUUCGUCCACGCUCGAGAGCUCGCCCGGAAAAUGACGGUUCUCUACACCUUGGCCAAAGCGCAGCUGUCGAAGCAACACUUUUACGACUUUGCACUGCGCGCCUUAAAGGCGGCUCUCGUCACGGCCGGCGCCCUUCGCAGUUCCUGCCCCGACUUGCCAGAAGAAAUGAUUCUAAUGCGAGCGCUGCGUGACAUGAACAUCCCGAAACUCGUCAAGCAAGACGUGCCGCUCUUCGUGGGCCUCCUCGGGGACCUCUUCCCCGGCUUGGAGUGCCCCGACGGCGGCAACAGCCAGCUCAAACGGGCAAUCGAAGAGGAACUCACCGCGAGGCGCUUCCGGUCCAAGUACACGGACUUGUUCGAUCUCCAAGUGGACAAAGUGAUUCAACUGUACGAGACGAUGAACAGCCGGCACUCGACGAUGCUGGUAGGGGCCACAGGUGGCGGCAAAACGGUGAUAAUCAACACCCUCGCCGCUGCGCAGAAGGCGGCCUUUGAUUGCCCCGUCAAGUUGUUCGUCAUCAAUCCAAAGGCGCAAAGCACCAACGAACUCUACGGAGUCCUCGACCCGGUGUCUCGAGACUGGACGGACGGGCUGCUGUCGAAGAUCUUCCGAGAGAUCAACCAGCCGCUUCCUGCAGGGAAGAGCGAGCGGCGCUACGUGGUUUUUGACGGCGACGUCGACGCCGUCUGGGUUGAGAACAUGAACUCCGUUAUGGACGACAACCGCCUGCUGACGCUGUCGAACGGCGAGAGAAUUCGCCUCGAGAAACACUGUGCGCUUCUCUUUGAAGUCGACGAUCUCCAGUAUGCCUCGCCAGCAACUAUUUCGCGCUGCGGCAUGGUCUACGUGGACCCUCGGAACUUGGGCGUCGGGCCGUACUUUGACAAAUGGGUCCGUGGGAAGAACUCCGAAGUCGCGACUGAGACUCUCGAAUACCUGUUCGACAAAUACAUGCAGCCGUGCAUCGACUUUGUCCUGAAACAAAAACGAACAGACGACCUGGGACCCGCGCCCGUCCUCACCGUCCCGAGGACCGACCUCAAUCUGGUUCAGCAAAUGUGUCACUUGAUCGACAUCCUUCUCCCAGAAGACGCCGUCCACAGCGCGGCCCCGGAUCGCCUCGAGAGUGUUUUUCUCUUCGCCUUGGUCUGGUCGUUCGGCGUCGCUCUUGUUGGAGACGAGUGGCCGAGGUUUGAUUCGUUUCUUAGAAAAAUCGCGAACAAGGCACUUCCUAGAGAGAGUCUGUUUGACUGCACGUACGACGUCGCCAGCGGAAAGUGGCUUACCUGGGAGUCUCAGGUCCAGCCGUACAGUCCGCCGGGUGAUGUCGAGUUCACAACCAUCUUCGUGCCCACAAUGGACACAGAGAGAUACGCCACGCUUCUCGACGGCUUCGGCCGCCACUCUCUUCCAGUUCUCUUCAUCGGGGAUUCUGGGACUGCAAAGUCGGUCCAGAUGCAGAACUGGCUGGCGUCGCUAGAUUCCCAAAAGGUUGUGCACGUGCAGAUCAACCUCUCGAGUCGCACGACGUCUCUCGACCUCCAGCGCACCAUCGAGGACAAUGUUGACAAGCGAACGGGGCGGAUCUUCGGGCCUCCUUCGGGGAAACUGCUGAAGCUCUUCAUUGAUGAUUUGAGCAUGCCAAAAGUGGACACCUACGGCACCCAGCAGCCGCUCGCGCUUUUGAAGUUUGUGAUGGAACGCAUGAGCAUGUACGAGAGAGGCGGCGACUUGGAGGAAAUCGUGUUGAAAGAUUUGUCCUUUUUGGCGGCAAUGAAUCCACCAGGCGCUGGCGCAAACCGCCUCGACCCUCGAGUCAUUUCGCGCUUCUCCUGCUUCCACAUCACGUUCCCGUCGCGAGCCUCAGUUCAUCGAAUCUACUCCUCCAUCCUCUCGUACAAAUUCUCCAACUUCCCAGAGGCCGUGCAAAAAGCGGCGGAGGCGCUCCCGGCGGCCAGUCUCCGCGUGUACGAAGGCGUAGUUGCUCAGCUCGCGCGCACGCCGACGAAGUUCCACUACGUGUUCAACCUGCGCGAUCUUUCGCGAGUUUACCAGGGGCUGUGGCGGGCGAAACCUGAAGCGGUCGGCGACGCCAAAGCUCUCGUUCGCCUCUGGAGACACGAGUGCCUUCGCGUGUUUCAGGAUCGGCUGCUGGAGACUGAGGAGCGGGCGUUCGUAGACGACGAACUUCUGGGGAAAAUCUUGAAGGAAUGCUUUCCAGAGGAGGCAGCGAGCGCGGCGCAAAAUCCGAUUUUGUGGGGCGACUUCCGAACGGCCAUUAACAUCCUUCAGCUCUCGGACAGCCCUGCCACUGAGGAGAGAACCUACGAAGACCUGAGCGACCUCGCGUCGCUGCGGAAGAUCCUGGAAGAGCUACUGGACAGUUACAACGAGGAGAACAGCUGCCGCCUGCAGAAUGUGAUGUUCGAGGACGCGAUUUCGCACAUUGUCCGCAUCCACAGAAUUCUGCGAAUGAGCCGAGGCCACGCCCUCCUUAUCGGGACUGGCGGGUCUGGAAAGCGGAGCCUAACGCAGCUAGCCACCUACAUCGCUGGGUACAAACUCUUCCGCCUCACGUCGGCGCGGAAUUACGGGGAGGCGGAGCUGCGAGAGGAUCUCCGCGCGUUGCUCUCGGCUGCAGCUGUCGCACCCCACACGUUUCUGUUUGCGGACUCGGACAUUGUCGAGGAGAGUUUCCUGGAAAGCAUCAACAAUCUGUUGACGAUUGGCACGGUCCCGGCGUUGUUUGCGGAGGCAGACAAGGAGAGCGUGACGGGAAAACUUCGGCAGCAGGCGGCGGAGAAAGGGGUUCUCGAAGACGCGCUCUGGACAUUCGCCCUUGCCCGGAUCCGGGCCAACCUGCACGUGGCGCUGGCGAUGUCGCCUGCAGGGGACGCGUUGAGGACGCGGUGUCGAAACUUUUCCGGUCUGAUUUCCUGUACCAGCAUCGACUUGUUCACUUCCUGGCCUCGCGCGGCUCUCAAAGAAGUCGCGCGCAGUCUCCUCAAAGACGCGGUGCUCCCCGAGCAAGCACGCGGCGACAUCGAAGACUUCAUGGUCGAAGCCCACCUCAGCGCCGCCACCUGCUACGCACCCGAGUUUGAGAGGAAAGUGGGGAGGAAGAUCUUCGCCACGCCGAAAAACUACAUCGACUUCAUCAACAUAUACGCGGGAAACCUAGCCACAAAGAGACGCGAACUAGACACGCUCGCGGAUCGCCUCGAGGGCGGCCUCUCCAAGAUGGCCAACGCGACCGAGGCAGUGAAAGUGAUGAACCAGGAGCUGGCUGAGAAGAAAAUCAUUGUCGAUGAGCGACGAAGAAACGUCGAAAACCUGAUCAACGACAUCGAAGAAAAGAGUGCGAAAGCAAGCAGAAGACAGGAAGAGGCAACGGCCGCCGCGCAACAGAUUUCCGAGGACCAAAUCGUCAUCACCCGCGAGAAGCAGUCCGCAGACGAGGCGCUGGCGGCGGCGAUUCCUGCGUUGGAAGCUGCAGCGCGUGCGCUGGAAAACUUGGACAAGAAAGACAUCACGGAAAUCAAGGCGUUUGCCACUCCGCCGAAACCCGUCAUGUACGUCUGCAUGUGCGUUGUCGUCUUGAGGCCGCUGGGGAAGGAGAAUGAAGCGGAGGGGUGGAAUGGAGCCAAGGCGAUGCUCAACGACGUCAAUUUCCUCAAGGCGUUAAUUGACUACCCAAAGGACACAAUCACAGACAAGCAAGUGAAGAAGAUUGCGGAGUACUUUAACAAGGAUCCGGAGAGUUUCACGGGUGACAAGAUGGCGAAGAUUUCCAAGGCGGGGAACGGGCUGCUGACGUGGGUGAAGGCGAUGAUUGACUAUCACCACGUGGCGAAGAGCGUGGAGCCCAAGCGGAAGUCCGUCGAAGAUUUGUCGGUGCGGAAGGCGCAAGCGGAGCGGGAUCUGGAGAGGAUCCAUCUCGAGCUCGGCCAGCUAACCGAGCAAAUUGGUGCGUUGCAGAAGGACCAGGAAGAGCAGGAGACGCGUCUCCACGAAAUUCAGACGGAGGCGGCCUUGAUGGAGAAGCGCCUGACGGCUGCGUGCCACUUGAUUGAGGGCCUCGAUUCCGAGAGGCUGCGGUGGACGGCGGAUCUCCGCGCCUGCGGAAAGAAACGCGACGACCUCGUCGGGAACUGCUUAAUCGGCGGAGCCUUCCUCGCAUAUGCUGCGCCCUUCACCUUUGAAUUUCGACAGCAAAUGGUCUACGAGCACUGGACCCAGGCCAUCGCGGAACGCGGCAUCCCCUGCACAGAAAACUUCCGACUGGAAGUUCUGCUGACCAGCGACGCAGAAGUGGCCAAGUGGAAUGGCGAAGGCCUCCCCGGAGACGAAAUGUCCAUCCAAAAUGGGAUUUUAACGACUCGCGCGGCUCGAUGGCCCCUUUGCAUCGAUCCCCAGAUGCAAGCAGUGAACUGGAUCAAGCGCCAUGAAGAAGCGAACGGACUUGUCAUCAAAUCGUUUUCGGAUGACUACCUGAAGUUCCUGGAGCUGGCGGUUCAGUACGGGAAGCCCUUUCUCUUUGAAAAUGUGGAACACGAACUCGACCCUCUCAUCGACCCUCUUCUCGAGAGAACCUGGACGAAGAACAAAUCCCAAGAAACGCUUGUCCUCGGUGGAAAAGAAAUUGAGUGCAGCCCUGCCUUUUCCUUGUACUUGACGACGAAGCUGGCGAAUCCUCGCUUUUCUCCAGAAACGAUGGGACAGACAGUGGUGAUCAACUACGCCGUCACCAUGGCGGGUUUAGCGGAGCAACUUCUGGGACACGUGGUCGGGUUCGAGUUGCCCGAGCUGGAAACGGAGCGGCAGGAACUCGUGCAAAACAUGAGUGACUGCCACCAAAUGAUGAAACACCUCGAAGACGUCAUUCUCCACGAGCUCGCGGUCUCUAAGGGCAGUAUUUUGGACAACCAAGACUUGAUUCAAACGCUGCAGACGACGAAGGCGAAGGCGACGGAAAUCACGAGAUCCUUGGAAGAGGCGAAGAAGACCGCGGCGCAGAUCGAGAAGGCGAGUCUCUUUUCUUCUCAGAGCGGAAAAUAUUUUUCAAGACACACACACGCAAGCCCGCAUGCAUCGCCCUCAGGCUUCCGGCAAAAAUCUCGCCAAGAAUACUACAGCGUCGCCAAGAGGGGAUCGAUCAUGUAUUUCGCGAUGAGCAGCCUCCGAAAUAUCUCCAGUAUGCUCGAAUACUCACUCGCCUCCUACCUAGCAAUUUUCCAAGCUGCACUCCGCGAGGCACGGCCAGAUCGGAUCCUUGAAAAUCGCCUGAAAAACGUCGUGGAAAAAAUCACCCAGCUCUCCUACGACUAUGUCUGUUUAGGCCUGUUUGAGCGGGACAAGUUGAUGUACACGUUCCACAUGACGACAAUGAUCAUGGACGGCGAAGGCGUGCUCGACCGCGGAGAACUGGAGUUUUUCUUCAUGGGAAAUCCCACGUUUGAUCAGCUACCGGAAAAGCCUGCUCGUCUCGCCUGGCUCCCCGACAGCAGCUGGAAAGAUCUGCUGCGGCUCGACGAGUUGAACGCCUCCUUCAGGGGCAUUCUCGAGAGCCUCCUAACUGAGACCGAGGCGUGGAAAGCAUGGAACGACUUGGAGAACCUCGAAUCAACGCCCCUUCCAGCAGAGAGGUGGAAUCAAAAGUUGUCGCCUUUCCAGAAGCUUCUCGUCGUCCGCGUUUUUCGCGUCGACCGCGUGCCAGCGGCUCUCAAAAACUUCAUCGCCUGGAGGCUGAACGAACACUACGUCCAGUCGCCGACUCUACAAUACUCCAAAAUCCUUGCGCAGUCGUCGGCCUACUGCCCGAUCUUGCUGAUUCUUUCGCCAGGCGCCGAUCCGCAGAGCGACAUUUACAAGCUGGCUGCAGCGCGCGGCUUCACCGGCAACAGGUUUCGCUUCCUCGCUCUCGGGCAAGGCAUGGCGCCGCUCGCACAGAAACACAUCGAGAAAGGGUGUCAGCGCGGCUGCUGGGUUUUGCUGCAAAACUGUCAUUUGCUCGCGUCCUGGCUCAAGACGCUUGCCAAGCUUCUUGAAGGCAUUCAGAAACCCCACAAGGAUUUCCGACUCUGGCUGACGACGCAGCCUAUCGACGAGUUUCCCAUGAGCAUCCUGCAGAACUCUCUGAAGGUCGUGACCGAGCCACCAGACGGCCUGCGGCCGAACCUACAGGGCUCGUACGCGAAGCUGACUGAAGACGCGCUCCAGGAGAGCUCGCACCCUGCCUAUCCGUCUCUCGUCUACGUCCUCUCUUUCUUCCAUGCUGUUGUACAGGAGCGCCGGAAAUACGGGAAAAUUGGAUGGAAUGUGGCGUACGACUUCAACGAAGCAGAUUUGGCGAUUUCCCGACGUCUCGUUGCGAUGUAUUUGGACAAGUCGCUGGACAGCGGAGACGCUUUACCGUGGAGCACACUGCGCUAUCUCAUCGGCGAGGCCAUGUACGGAGGCCGCGUCACUGACGACUGUGACAGACGCGUCCUCGUUACUUAUUUGGAAGAAUACAUGGGCGACUUCAUCUUCGACUCCUACCAACCGUUCUACUUUUGCCAAUCCGGUUUCAACUAUGCCAUUCCCGCUCCAGGACCUCUCGCGGCCUACCAGGACUACAUCAAGGAGCUUCCUCUGUUCAAUACGCCGGAGGUUUUUGGUCUCCACGAGAAUGCGCAGAUCGGCUACUUUGUCGAUGCAUCGAAGAAGCUGUGGGAAGGCAUUUUGAAGAUGAAUUUUUCUGGAAGCAUAGGUUCUUCUGGAGGCAGCGCGAUGCGAGAAGAACACAUUGAUGCAAUUGUGACGGGGAUCCAAGAGAAACUCGGAUUCGAUGACCUGGUCUUUGAAAAGCCCGAGGGCGGCUACUCGACCACAGAGGUCGUCCUCAUGCAGGCAAGCGAACGCGACAAGAAACGAGAAAGAGCUGAAACGCGACAGAGUGGGACUGGCCAGCGGUGCUCACUCGAAAUUGAGAGGUUCAAUAUUCUGGUGGAUCGCAUGCGCACGAGCCUGAACGAUCUACGUCGCGCGCUUCGAGGCGAAAUCGGCUUAUCUGCGGAACUCGAAGACUUCGCCAACUUCCUGCUCACGGGCUUCCUGCCCCGCGACUGGGCGCGGCUGGCCCCCGCCAGCCUGAAGCCUCUGGGGUCUUGGCUCUCCCACUUCUUGCGGCGCUACGACCAGUACAGAAGGUGGAUUGACAAGCCUCCGCCGGUGUCGUUUGCGGUCCUCCCUUUCCCUCUUCCAUUCACUCAGGGCGAGCCGUGGUGCUUUUGGCUCAGCGGCCUGCACAUCCCAGAAUCUCUUCUCACUGCGCUGAUUCAAGCGACGUGCCGCAAGCGAGGCUGGUCACUCGACAAGUCCUCGCUUCUCACGCAAGUCACAAAGCUCACUUCUCCCGACCAAAUCCCCAAAAAGUUGGAGCACGGAACCUAUUUAACAGGCCUCUACCUGGAGGGAGCGCGGUGGGAUAUUGAGGAAGGCCGUCUGGCGCGUCAAAAUCCGAAAGAACUCACCAUGGAAAUGCCCCUGAUUCAAGUCACUCCUGCAGAGAGCCAUAAAGUAAAACUGCGAGACACACUCAAAACGCCUGUGUACGCGACUCAAAACCGACGAAACGCCAUGGGGGAAGGCUGGAUUUUUGACGUCAAUCUCCACACCAAAGAGCACCCCUCUCUCUGGAUCCUCUCGGGCGUCGCCUUGGUGUUGCAAACAGACGAGUAA